AUGGCCGACUCGAUAGUCGCGCCCACUCCUCAACCCGCUUCUUCUUCACCCAACACACUAGCCCCACCUUCAUUGCAUCCUUCCAGACCUUCUUCAGCCAAUUCACAACGAAGCAACUCUUCAAGAGGAAGAGGUAAAUCCGGUACGACUUCAUCUAAUAUCUCAAGGAGUAAUUCCAAUGCAUCUUCAAGAGGUGGUUCAGACAAAAAGAAACAAAGCGGCCGAACAACUACUAUCAGCGGUGGUGUAAGUCUAGGUCUUGCAGAAACCGCCCCACAUAGCGGCGCUGUCGGGAAUAACGGUACACAAAAUCAAUCGAAGAAAGGCAAGAAAAGUAAACCAACUUCGAUUUCAACCACUGAUCAAGAUGGAGAUAAGAGCGAAAACCAAAAUCAGAUCCAGAAUCAGAACCAAAAAAGUGGUAUAACAAACAAUAAAGGGAAAAGAUCAGCUUCCAACAGAAGACCUAACCCAAUCAACACAGACCUCAAUGCUCCUCAAAGACCUUCUUCUCAAAACUCAAACUCCAACCCUAAAACCAACGAAUCAGCGCCCAAAUCUAUACAUGCUGCUGUAUCAGCUCCUCGUACAGCCAUGGAAGCUGCUGUGGAUGCAGCCACGAAGAAACACAAUGCUCAAUCAGGUGGUGAUGCCUUAGCUUCCCUUCAAAAAAUGAUAUCUGAUCUGAAAACACUUCCAACUUCCGCUGCUUCCUCAGGAAGUUCAAAUGGAUCCAGAUCAGUCAGUGCGAGUGCAAUUAAAGAAACUCCUACUUCAGCAACCAAAUCAGCUACUGAACCGGUACCAAUCCCUGAUUCUUCCGCAUCCGCAAAUUCUUCCAACUCUACAAAAAAGCUCAAAGCAGAUGCACCUAGUUUCACGCCUUCUUUCCAAGCUGCUACUUCACCCGCAAGCUCUCAAGCAGGCCUUUCCGUUUCGCCUAUUGCUCCUAUGCCACCAUCUAACGUCCUUCACCCACGAUCAGUGUCUCAGAGUAGCGCCGUGAACAAUCGAAGGACUUCUUCCAGUUCAGUAGGUCCACCAUCUUUCAACCCUAAUCAAGCAACUUCACCAAUCCAAAUGUAUCCAAGUGGAUUUCCACCCAUUUAUCAGAAUCAGCUUUCCGCUCAUUCUGAAGCUGAAGAAGUUCAUUCUCCACUAUCAUUCGCUCAACAAGCCGAUAUGCAGUUCCAACAGCAACAACUUCUUGCCGCUCAACAACAGCAAUAUCAAUAUAUUCAGCUUCUGCAAGCACAAAUGGUUGCCAGUCAACAAUUAGCUCAACAACAAGCUCAACAAGCUCAGCAACAGCAGCAACAACAGCAAAUGGGAGGGUUUAUAGCCCCCAGGUUCCAGGCUCUAGCUCAACAAAGAGUCGCAGCUCAACAUCAACAAACGGCUAUACAACUUGCUCAGGCUCAACAGGUGUUCGAAUUGCAGCAAGUUCAAAUUAUUCAGCAACAACGUGAUCAAGAGGAAGCGAGAGCCACGGCUAUCAACGAAUCAAUGAAGAACGAGCCUGUAUUUGAAGAAGAAGAUGAGGAGCCAGAAAACGCCAACUCAUCAUUCGGUCCAACCGGUCGUCCCCAGCUUGCACCCUCUUUCACUUUCGGGGCCAAGCCAAAACAUGCUGUGCAUGAGAGCAUUUCGGAGAAAGGCUCUGCUAGAGAUUCAAUGUCACCUCCUUCAACACAUCAUACUUCUCCUCCCGUAGUCGUCAACAGAUCUGAAGGCAUUGGCGGUGCCGCUGCUACUGGUUUGGCAGGUCUCGCGGCCAGGGCACAUAAAAGGACUGGUAGUGAAAUGUCAUCUGCGAUGCAGCAACAACUUGCUAUUCAACAAGAGAUCGAAGCUCUCCAAGCGAAACAAAAAGCCCUCAUGCAGGAAGACCUUUCUCAUCAAGGUAAUUCUGCUUUGAGUCAGCUCAAUACUGCUUUGCACGGCAAGCAAACUCCCUCCCAGACGCUUUCAAGACAUCGACGAGUCCAGUCCAGUUUCCCUUCAGCUACUGAGCAGCCGGAUCGAGCCGAGGAAGUGGACCAACCCCGUGCUUUGAGAGGUAUCGGUGAGAUGCCCCCUCCUCCCGUACCCACUGGUGGAGCAGGUCAUUCUCGACGUCACAGUGUAAAUGUUUUCAACAAGACCGCGGGUCAUGGUGCUGGCUUCGGAAGUAUCAGUGGCGAUAUUCCAGAAGAUGGUGUUCCUAAUGGAGAGCGAGGAUUUGGUCAUCAUCGAACAAACAGCAGGUCAGGAGUUGAGUCGGGCAAUUGGAGAAUGUCUGGAGGUGGAUCGAGCAACAACGCUGGUACUGUUCAGGUUUCAGAUCUUGCAGCUGCUCAAGCACAACUCCAAUCUCUUGCUCAAUUCAGGGCGGCAGCCGGGGGUGGCCAUUCCAAGAUGGCAUCCUUUAGUUUCCCAAACAUGCUUCCGAAUCUUCUUGCCGCGACUACAUUGCAAACACCUAUGGGUCAAUCACUUUGGCAGCAGCAACAAGCUUUCCAAAUGCAAUUACAACAGACGUCUCAAGGCCCUCAACGAAAAUCACUGUUCGCACCAUAUCUUCCUCAAGCAUCUCUGCCACCUUUGCUUCAAGCCGGCAAACUCGUCGUUGGUGUCUUAAGGGUAAACAAGAAAAAUCGGUCCGACGCAUAUGUCGCUACCGAUGUACUAGAAGCUGAUAUUUACAUCUGUGGUUCUAAAGAUAGAAACAGGGCUCUGGAGGGCGACAUUGUUGCUGUCGAAUUACUAGAUGUAGACGAAGUUUGGGGUACCAAGAAAGACAAAGAAGAGAAAAAGAGAAAGAAGGAAGAAAAUGCGGUCUACGAUCUCAAACCCUCCGCAGCGAAGAAGCUCGAGAAGAAGAAAGAUGAUGUCGAAGUUGAAGGUCAAGGGCUAACAUUAUUCGAAGACGAAGAGGUAAACGAUGAGACUAAACCUACUUACGCAGGUCACGUCGUGGCAGUCGUCGAGCGAAUGCCCGGGCAAUUGUUCUCUGGUCAAUUGGGUGUACUUCGACCUUCAUCAGCUGCGACCAAAGAGAAGCAGGAUCUUGAAAGACGUGAAAGAGAUGGUGAUAGAGGUGGAAGGCGAGAUGAAAAUGAACAAAGACCGAAGAUCGUUUGGUUUAAACCUACGGAUAAACGAGUACCGCUCAUCGCCAUACCCACUGAACAAGCUCCAUCUGAUUUCAUCGACAAUCCCGAUGACUACAAUAACAAACUGUUUGUAGCUACUAUCAAACGAUGGCCUAUCACAUCUCUCCAUCCCUUUGGAACAUUGGUCGAAGAGCUCGGUCCUAUUGGAGAUACAGAAGUGGAAACGAGUGCUUUAUUGAAAGAUUGCAAUUUCCCUACAGAAGAAUUCACAGAUCUUACCAUGAAAUGUCUCCCUCCUUUACCUUGGAGCAUUCCCGAGAGGGAAUACGAGGUGCGAACCGACCUAAGAGACGAAAGGGUAUUCACGAUUGAUCCUCCUACUGCUAAAGACAUGGAUGACGCUUUGUCUGUGAAGAAGAAUGAAGAUGGUACGAUAGCUGUGGGCGUACACAUCGCCGAUGUUUCGUACUUCGUCAAAGCCAACACUGCUAUUGAUCGAGACGCUCGCAAGAGAGCUACCAGUGUCUAUUUAGUGCAAAGGGCAGUACCAAUGCUACCUCCUCAAUUAUCGGAAGAGUUAUGCAGUUUAGUGCCGGAUGUGGAGAGACUGACUUUCUCAGCGAUGUUCACUUUUGACGAAGAAGGGAAUAUCAAAGACAGGAAGUUCGCUAGGACAAUCAUCAAGUCCAACGCCAAGUUGUCAUAUAAUGAUGCUCAAGAAGUGAUUUCUGGCGGCUCGCUAGACAAGAGUAAGAUUCCUGGCGGUGAAGGCAAGGAGAUUGAGGAGGAUAUCAAAGCUCUUCAUGCCCUCUCGACGAAGAUCAGAAGCAAGCGAUUGGAAGCUGGUGCUAUACUCAGCAACAAAUUGAAGGUGUCUUUCUCUUUAGAUGAUAAUGGUAAACCCGUCGACGUGGAUGCGUACAAAAAGACUGAAGCAAAUUCAUUAGUAGAAGAAUUCAUGUUGCUGGCCAAUAUUUCAGUAGCUCAUGUCAUCGCAAAUGGAUUGCCUGAACAAGCUAUACUUAGAAGGCAUGAAGCUCCAAUCGAAAGAAGACUGGACGGCUUUGUGAACCGUGCACAGAAAUUAGGAUACGCCAUGGAUGCUACUUCAGCCGGUACUCUACAAAAUUCGUUUGAGAAAAUUGGAGAUCAAGAUACGAUACUUUGUCUCGAAUUGCUGAAAAAGAAGGCUAUGCAGAGAGCACGAUAUUUCUGCACCGGUAUGCUAGAUAUUGCCAAAUACUCUCAUUGGGCUUUGAAUACUCCUCUAUACACUCAUUUCACUUCGCCCAUUCGACGAUAUGCCGAUGUCUUAGUACAUCGUAUGCUAGACGCAUGCUUAACAAGCCCCAACCCCAAUGAAGUCAAAUUCCUUAUGGACCGAGAUCAAGUAGCGAAAUGCGCACAACAAUGCAAUAUGAAGAAACAGAGCGCCAAACUCGCCGAAGAGCAAUCGAUUCAUUUGUAUCUCUGUAUGCUCAUUCAUGAUCUUACGGAAAGAUAUGGUCCUGUUGUCAGACAAGCUAGAGUGACUGCUGUUUUGGAUGCAGCUUUCGACAUUGUGAUUCCUGAAUUUGGUAUCGAGAAGAGAGUACAUGUAGACAAAAUGCCUGUCGAAAACGUUGUGUAUGAUGAACACAAAGACAUCUUAUCGCUUUACUGGACAAACCAAAACGUCCUUUCUUUCUUAGCUGAAACAACAGAUGAUCCUCAUCUACUCAAGAUCAAAGCUCUAGGUGAGAGAUUAGCAAUUGGCACAUCAACAUCUCAAUCUGUAGAAGAAUCAUCUCUGUUCGAUGGAUCGGAUAAAACAUCUAAACAAUAUCGAAAAUCUUCACAUCCUACUGAGAUCAAAUAUGAAGGAUUGAGAAGUGAUCUAGGCAAACAUAAAAUUCAAGAUAUAAAAGAAUUGAUGAAUCUGCCCGUUAUAAUCACUAGUGAUAUAACGAAAAGUCCCCCUGUCUUAGUUGUCUAUGCUUGUAAGUAG